AGACAAAGCAGAAUGACCAGUGAAGGAGGGGCACGGCAGACACAACGAGGUCUGUCCGGACGUGGUGGCUCAAUAUCCGAACCGUUGGUUAUUGACGACUGAAGAUUGAUGAUUGCUUCUGCGUCCACCAUAGCCCCUUCCCCUUCCCCCUCACCUUCGCUUUUCUUUCCCUUCCUUUUUUCCCCUCCCUAUUUUUUCUUCCCCCCCCCCCCUUUACUGCAUGUUUCUUUUCAUUUCCCUGGUUCUUGAUUUUCGGCGUUUCGUUCUACGAUACCCCCGGCUGUCCAAUGUACAGCUCUACAGGAUCUUCAGGCGGUUUCGAAGAUGGACACGCGGGCGCAUACCUGUUACGAUGGGAGAGGGGUAUUUUAGUAGGCCUGCGGGUUCCUCUGUCGGACUCAUUUGUGGGCGUAUGUGUGUGUGCGUGGGGAGAGAGGGACAGGGAUGCUCGGUUUGGGCUGGCGUAUUCGGGUUUCUCGCCUCGCUAUGACCAAGUGACCCAGGCCUGGAGGGAUGUUGUAUGUGUAUUUGAUUGAUACUGUUCAUGGGCAUUGGAGGAACACGGAAUGGCUGGAGGAACUGGCUGAUAGGUUCUGAUCCAUAGGACCUCACACGAGCUCUACAUCUACAGCCGAACAACUCCAAUUGACGAAAUUUUAACAAG